AUGGGUGACCACAGAGCGCGUUCCGACCCGAUUAACAUGAACACACAUUUUCCAACUGCGUUAUCUGGCGUGCAUGGUGUCUUUCCUCAGUUGAAGGCAACCGCCAGUGACCUCACACAAUCGUCCGUGGCAGACGCCAGCGAUUCAAACUCCCCUCCAUCGACGUCAUCUUCUCUUCAAUUUGGAACGGAUCCGGGCGCGAACUCCAGCACAAAUUCCCAGCCUAAGAUGGUAGAUCAACGUCGGUUACUGUCCCAGUUACAGACGACCUCAUUUCCUCGGCCACUGGAAAGGGCCAACUCUGGCCAUGAUACACUAUCAUCUACCUCUUUCCACAGUCCACCAAGUGCUAGGAGUACUGUUCAGCUCACACCGGGACAGAAAAGAACGUCAAGCGGCAGUAUGAAAUGUUCGGUAUCGCCAGACCGGCCAUUCUCUGCAUCGGCUACUCCCGGAACUAGGUAUCAUUCAAGAUCAGCGAGUACUGAUUCACAUUCUAAUCGUAUCGCCGAAAUAUCGGCUCAGCUCCGCUCAAGAUUGUCAUGGGCAGCAGCAAAGGUGGAAAAGGAUUGGAAAUCCAACCCAAGUGGCAAGCAGUUGAGCGUGUCUAGCAAGAUGCAUUCGCCAAGAGGAAUUAACGCGUCUAUACAAUCCAAUGGCCAUCCACCAUCAAGUCAACCUCUAAAUAUCAACGGUUCUGUUGGAGAGCAUGACCUUGCGGCACAAGUGUUAAAGAUCGCGACUGGACAAAGCAAUCCGAGGCCUGAUAUAACACAGAGCAUACAGAUGAACGGCUCAUCCAGAUCCUACCAUCGACACAACUUAUCGAUGGGCUCAAUUCCUUCCAAACUAUCCUAUGAGCGUUCAACUCCGAAUGGCCUCCAGCAAAUCCCCCGCCUAGCUCCACCAGCAAAUAUAGUUCCGGGCAAUGGAGCUCAUACAAAGCGGAGAGUAAACCAAAACAUCACGAGCCCUAAAAAGUUCAAAGUCCCAUCGUUUUCACAACAAUCUUCGAGCUCCUCCGUAAUAGGCACUCAGGGGUCUUGUCCCGUUCCAGCCACUCCUCCGCAGCCCCUUCAACCUUCAUUUAAAGCUCCGCCAUCUGCAACCACAGCUAUUCUUGGAAGACACUGCACUCCUACCGAAAAAACAAUUAUGGAGCAGGAUGCAGUCGAGACACUUGUCUUCAUGGGAAGCCCAGAAAAUGCGGGGUACUACAAUGAUUCGCGGCCACAGACCAAUCCGCCCAGCAAUUCACAAGACACAUUCCAAUAUCCCUCCGUGAGCGAAAAUACAUCAGCUCCAACUUCUUCUGUGGCCCCAGCUCUUGGCAUGGCCUUUAGCUACGAACCCCGAGAACGGGGCCCGCCCCAGACCAAACGUGUUAGCUUUGCAGAACAUAGUGGGGAAGCUCGGUAUGCAAACUGCAGCCGGCCCAGACUAGAGCAAGAGGCUGGUGAUGAAAUUGACCGUUUGCUGGACGAGAUGGGUGACAGCGACAACGAACCUGAUUACGAUUGGUUUGCCCACAUGCCAGGAGCCAGGGAUAAUUUUAGCCAACCUCAGGAAAAUGGCCAGUGGACCAAUGACCAAUGCAGCCUACAAAGCUCGGCUAUAUGUCAACCUGGUAAUAAUUCUCAGCUUCGAGGCUAG